AGAGAAAAUAUUGUAAUAUAAGAUCUUCAGAAGUCUUUGAUUAUGACAUCCCAACAAAGAAGCGAAAGCGCACAGAGUUUAAAGAGGGUUGUAGAUUACCUGCACUUGUACCUUACAAGGAGCUGAUGAAAUUUAUAGAGGUACAAGAUAUUGGAAAACUUCAUAGCAUACCGCAGGCUACUGCUGAGAGUGACGUAGAAAAGGAAAACGAAGAAGUUGAUGGCAACUUACUGCCAGUGAUCCCUGGGUAUUAUAUUGACCUUAAAGAGCGUUUACUCCAAAUGGCAGACCUCUACCUUCACAUAGAUAGCCAUAUACCUAAUUUUCUUACAUGGUUUGGUAAACAGAAGGGUCAUUUUUUAGUAGCAAUGGGUGCAGAUGGUGCCCCUUUUGGUAAGGCUAAUGAGGCUUGUGCAUGGCUUGUUUCAUUUUUGAAUGUUUCAGAAAGAGUUGCCUCACCAGAUGAUAAUUUUUUGAUUUGUGGUGCCAACUGUAAAGAAGAUCACCCUGCCAUGGUAGAAUAUGGGAAACAACUUAGAUCAGAGAUGGCCACGAUUGCAAGUCAAACUUUUUCAGUAAAAAAUCAGCAGGUUAAGUUUGAAUUUAAACUUGUUCUAUCAGAUAUGAAGUGGCUAGCAAAAUUUUCUGGAGAACUGAGCAAUGCUGCUAAAUACCCAUGUUCUUUUGCAAAUGUGCAACUUAGUGAAUUACAGGAAAGAGGGCAAAGCUUGAGUAACAAUCCUCAAAGUAAGUGGAGGCCAUGGGAAUAUAAAUUCAGGGAAGAAGUUGCCAAAAAGGUGACACAAUUUAAAGAAAAACAGGCAAGGCCAAUUAAUGCUGCUCAAGAGCAGACAUUGCGUACCAAAGUAUGCAACCACAUAGCAAGCCUUAAAUCUAGACAAGAAUUUGAGCCAAUUCUUGGUCCAGUUAUUCAAAAUGCAAAAUGUGAUAAUCUUCAUGUGGGAAAUAAUUGUUGGGGGCAUUGGCAUAAGUUGCUUUUCACCCAUGUUUUGGCUAAAGCAAAGAUUCCCACCAGUACAAAGUCUGUUUUUCAAUUGCCAGAAGAUAACUCAUUGCGUAAGCAUUUGAAGGCUCUCCGGUUUAAAUUAAAGUGCAAGAAGAUGUAUAAUAAGAUUUUGCAAUGGUUUAAAGAGAAACGAAAGACAUCUCCUUUUGAAUUUCGGUUCACUGGGGAGGAAACUAAGAAAUUUUGUGAUGGCUUUAUGUAUCUUGUUGAAGCUCAAAUUGAGGAGGGUGACAUUGAGCAAGCCAAGAGCUUUUUUGUGUUAUCUCUUGGGAGAAUGGGUCUUCACCUAAGGAACAGCUUGUCCCUUGCUAGUAGGGUCUCCAAUAUUAGUUACAGUGAUCUACCAAAGUUAGAGCAGGAUUGCACACAAUAUUUUAAUCUAACAUCAUUAUUUCACUCUGCAAAUCUCAGUGUUUGGGCAAUGGGCUACUGUGUGCCAUUUCAUACUAAACAGCUUUUUGAAGAUCUUGGUGUGGGUUUAGGAAUUAAUUCAAUGCAGGGAAGAGAGUCUAAACACCAGCAACUUGCUUCGUUUGCUAGUUUUUCCCUUGUAAAACACAGAUGGGCUAAAGUGUUUAGACAUGAGCACAUGUCCAACAUUUGGAUAAGGCAACAGAAUCCAUUUCAUGAUACCUCUAAGAAAUGUAAAGACACAUAUGUGCCAAAGCGGUGCAGCACUGCAGGAUAUUGUUCAUGUGGUAUGCCUUUAAGCACUGCAAGUGCAUGCAUGUACUGCUCAUGUGAAAUUUCAAAAGAAAUUAUUGCUUGUGGUUCAGCAGGGAAACUAACAGUAAAGAUGAAACAAAUUCUUGCUGAAGCUCAAAAAUGAAAAGUUUCUGUGAAGCUUGGCUGGAUAACAUCAGAUUAAGGGUGUUCAAAGGUGGUGGCUAGACAAUUAAAUAUUGAGAUAGUAAGAUGUUUUUCUGAGGAGAGUUCAUUUAUAACAAAAGCUGUAAUGUUUUGGUGUUUAAGGUUAUAAUGUUCUUGUUAGUUCAUUAAAAUUACAUUCCACAUGGACCAUAAGUGCUAUUAUUUUGUGUUAUACAUGUACAUACCCCUAAAAGAAAAGUUACAUCUACUCUUGAUCACAAAAUACACAAAUUGGCCAUUGCAGUAGACCCCUUCGAUAUAUUAAAUUCAGCUUGGCAGUGAGGCUUAAAGGACACAAAGGGAAU